CUCCGCGUUCAUUUCGGCAGCUGGCGUGAGCUUCUGGAAUUCCAACAUGGCAGUAGAUGUGGUCAGUAUUUCUAUGCUGGUCAGUCUCUCCAACCUCAACUUGGAAGCAUUCCAGAACAUCACCGACUCGGAGUAACCCGCAUCUCAGUUUGUGGUUCCUGUGGCAGAAGACUUCGUUUGCAUUUACGUUAAAUGCGGGGCAAGUUCUUGCAUGCACUGAAGAAGUAUUUUUCUACAAGUUGUGGACAUCUUUGAAGUGAACAAUAUUACACUCCGUGCCGUUCUGUCUCUCCAUCACCUUGCUGAUGUCAAGCAAUAUGAUCAGCGGUGUGUAUGGCGUGACAAUGCAGUGGAGCCCUGAGCAGUCACAGUGGGCGAAGCAACACUAUGACAUCACCUCCACCACCCGUUCACCAGGGCACAAGAUCGAAGCUCUUAGAGAUCCAAGGCUAGGUUCAUCCUCGGCUGCAGCAUUCCAGCAUUCAUGGGCAAACGACGACAUUUCUGCACUGACUGCAUCUAACCUGCUCAAGAGGUAUGCAGAGAGAUAUUCUGCCAUUCUGGAUCUACCCUGUGAUAGUGGACUUAUUGGAUAUCCAGAUGCUGCCAUUUCCGUUAGCGUUAGUGGACCAGGUGUUGUGAAUAACAUCCCUCCUCUUCUUAAUGGACAGAAGGUAGAGACAGAGCCAUGGUUGGAUAGUGUGUAUACUCCAUUGGGUUGUGUACCUGAACUUCUCCCUAAAGCGCCGUUAAGUGUGUCAGACGUAUCUGUGAGUGUGUGUAACACACCGGUUAUAGGCAGUGGGAGUCUUUCAGACCCUUGUUUCUCCUGCAGAAGUUGUAACAGUCAGUCCAGCAACCAGGAAUACAGCAGCACACCCUAUAGUGCUUCUUACCUGCAACCUGUAGGCACAUACGGUGGCUCUUUCUUCCACCCCACCCCUUCCCAUUCUAGUCUGGUUCCAACCUACAGUUCUAACACUUCGCCUAACCUUGCUCCAUACAGUUACCCAAAUUCUCGGUACCCUUCGCAUGCUGUCCUUCCUGCUGGUUACAGCCCUCCUCCACCUCCCUCGGCAUACCUUCCAACAGGCAUAACUCCUCCAAAACCUCUUCCAUCUAUGGGAUACUCAUAUCCAGCCACCAGUCUUAGAGGUAGUGUCUCUGAAAGUGAUGCUCCAAGUGCGUCUAGCCUUCCGAAGGCCUAUUACCCAUCAACCCAGGGAGAGAUUGGAGUGUUUGAGGAAUUUGAUUUUGGUGGGAACUCUAAUUCUGACUCUAGUUCUGAAGGAAGCCCCCUUUACAGGCCAUCAGGGGAUGGCACAUUGGACAAGGAUACCAGAUUCCGCCAAUCAGCAGAUAUCACAUCAUCUUCAUCAUUCAAGGCAGCCAAUCAUGGAGACUCUCUUAGCAGCUUGGAGUCUCUCACAGAAGCCAUGAUUGGACAGAACAAUGGUACAUCUGGACAGCACUUCCCCACUACCUCAACUUCUGUUGUCACAUCUCACCAACAUCUCUCCACUGACACAAGCACACCCUGUUGACCCCCAGGCUCACACUCCACCCCAGUACUUGAGUUUGUGAAGUGUGAGAGAUCCCCUUUGUGUACCGGAGUUAGAAGUGAGGGACUUGCUCAGAGCCAAAUUGUAGGGGCUCAGGUCAAGGUCUUCAAAGCACAGCUGCAGCAGGGGAAUUCUGUCUGGGAGUUUAGGUAGGGAGUUGUUCUGAAGAGGUGCUCUAAAUGACAGGAGGUGCGUUUCUCCUUUCCCCUACCUGGAAUGUGAACAGUAAGCCUAAUAAAUCAUUUCAAGAUUGCAAGAACUGACCUCCUCAUUUAGAUGGCCCAGACUGGUAUAUUCUCCAGGACCGACACAUAUUUCUAAGAUGGGAGAGUAUAGCAAUGGAAUUUAUAACGGAUGUGUUGUGGCUGCCAAUGGAGGCAAGGAACCGCAGUAACAGAUGCAGCAGUUAGACUCUAGCUACGGUAGACUAUAUUGCCAUGGUGUUCAUUCUGUGGAUGUAUGUGUGUUUGUGGCUUUAAAAUGGUUAUUUAUGUGGUGAGCUUUAAUUGUGAAUCCAGUUCCCCCAUUUCUACAGGAGAAUUGACAAAUCCUGGCCAUUUAAAAAAAUGUUGUGUGCGUGAGUGAGUGUUAAAAUCUCAGGAAAGUGCUUGUCAGAUAAAUGUGUGUGUUUAUGCGUGUGUAUGUGUUUGUGUGUGUGUGUGUGUGUGUGUGUGUGUGUGUGUGCGUGCAUGCCUGCGUGUGUGUUUAGUAGAAAGAAGGUGUUUUCACACAUCUUCCUUAGAAAAGAGCCCAAUUUAAUAAACUUCAGUGAACCAGGUGGUCAAAAACAAGCAAAUAACACUCUUUCUGUUAGUUAAUCUGUUUGCACUUACACUGCAUUUAAUAAGAUGACACAUAUAUUUUGCCCUAGGAUUAUUUUCACAAAUCAAGAUCCAUCCAUCCAUCCAUUCAUCGUCAACCGCUUAUCCUGUGCACAGGGUCGCGGGGGGCUGGAGCCUAUCCCAGCUAACAUUGGGCGAAAGGCGGGGGACACCCUGGACAGGUCGCCAGUCCAUCGCAGGGCACAAAUCAAGAUGUGAAAUUAAAAUACUUUUAAAAUACCACUUCUUUACUUGCUGUGCACAGACAGCUGUACGUAAUUAUUCAUAUGUGGAAAAGAAUAAAUACUGUGGCACCUUUCUGAGCAGCCAAACAUGACAACAUUGGCUGAGCUUAUGUCAUGAGUUGUAGGUGGGGCUACCUGUUUGCAGACCAAUGGAAGACUGCCGUGUUUAGGAAUCCUGUUUGUAAACAUUCAUUAGUGGUGCUUGAUUUAACACUUAUUACUAUUGCUCUGAGCGUCACACAAUUUUUCUUCUUUUGUACAUUUGGCACCUACCUCAUCCUGCACCUUUUGUGCUACAGACAUGGAUAAUGGCUCAAAUUGUGCAGUGUUUUGAGAUAAAUGAUUGGGUGUUUGGAAAAAAAAAAUCCAUAGACUUAACAAUGGAAAGUUAUCAAAGUGAAAAUAUCUCUGAAUCAGAAUGUCGUAGAGACUUGGAAAUAUAUCCAUAUAACUCUGGCUUGCAAGCAGUCAUUCAGUAACUCCCUAGCAACUGCCUAGCCAGACACUAGCAACCAUAUAGUAACAUGACCCAGCCACAUCUCAUCAUCAGAACAUCAUAGAGACAUGAGGGUGAGCUCAUUUGAAUCGAGGCAGUGUACUGAGGUCCCUGUGGGCCUCGGGCCAUAUCUCUGCACAAGUACAUACUAUAGAUGUGGAAGUGAGCUUGUUUGGAGUAGUACUGUAAACCCAUGGGCCCUAGACUUAUCAUGGCACUAGAACAUCAUAGAGACCAUGGGAUGGUGUUGUUUGACUGGAGGCAUUAUACUGAGGCCCUUUGUAGGCCUUUUUGUGGCCCCAGCUAUAGCUUAGCGCAGGAACAUUGCAGAGACCUGGCGGUGAUCUCUUUUGACUUGGGAAAAUGUACUGAGACCCUUGGUGGGACAUUGUGGCAGCACUUUUUUGCCACGGCAAGCACUAGUACAGUACCUAUUUAGUUAUUUUUGCAAAUCCAUUUGGUGCAGCUAGUAGCACAGAAACUACAGCGUCCACACAAUUACAACAAAUGUAAAAUGUGUAAUAGACUAUGUAAUGUAAUAUGGAUAUGUAAAAGACUAUUGUGGAAAGUAAGGAAACCUUAAUGUUACUAUUUGGGAAACAUAUAUUAUGUACUACUGGUAUAAAACAAAUAGAAUUCUGACUAUUCAGGCUACUUCCUGAGAUGGAAUGAGCCUGCUUGGGAAAAAGACUUACAUAUAUAUUCAGUUUUACAACCAAAAAUAAAACUACAGGGCCUACAGUAGUGUGAGAAUGCUCAGUGAGAAAGAAGAGAGAGAGAGAGAGAGAGAGAGAGCACAUGACUUUGCAUCUUUGUCUUCACUUAAAGUUUUGUAAAAAAUAAUGUUGAGUUUACUUCAUCCCAAGCAAUGGAAAUUUGUUUGGCUGACCUCACUACAAAUGUUUGUGUUUACUUCCUUUCUCUGUAUUUGUUAAUGCUACCAAAGGGAAUUAAGAUAUCAGACUUAUUAAUAAAAAGUAAAUUACCAAAGCAGCAAUGUGGGAGCCUACUCACAAGGAAAUGCUCUGCCAAAACGACUCCCUUUGUGUGAAAACAUUUGAGGUGAAUUUAUUUCUGUGCAGUUCCAAUUCAGGAGGGUAAAUUGACUUAAUUCUAAGAGACAAAUGGAAGGAAUUCCUUGAAAUGGCUGCUUUAAGAUCUACCGGGUCGAAAUUGAAUUUAAUUGAACCAAAUUGAAUUUGCCCUGCUGAACCUAAUGAAGCAGACCUCAAUCUUGAUGAUGAAUCUUGCUCUGCAAUGGGACACAUCACUGUAUUGUUUCUGUGAUAUAAACUGUUAUCACAUACUCAGUUAGCUCAGAACUUUCCCGUUGAUAGCAAACUUUAAAAUUAAAAUGUGAGUUAUGUAAGUUAUUGUAUAAUUUUUAGUGAUUAAGACACACAAGUACUCUUUCCCUCAAACACCUACACACAUUCAACAUGUUCUAUAUGAAAGCACAGGCAUACUGUACCAUAACAUUUACCAACCAUUUACCAAAAGUGCCAUUUAUAUUUCUUUAUUUUUAAAGAUAAAUGUUUCUCCAACAACAUGUGUUUGUACUGCUUUCAUUUGAAGGGAAUGGUUUUUUUGUAUUAUUGUUUAAGUUUUCUGUUUCAGCCUGCAGCUUUUCUGUUUGUGUCUUGAACAUAUAGCAACUUAGGAGGAUGUUAAACUAUCAGUAUCAGAUCAGGUGCUGAUCGAACCAUUUGUUACCUUGUUUAAAAUUGUUUUUAGGGGUUGGCACUGAGUGACUUGUUUUCUUUUUCUCCCACAUGUGUUCAGUAGAUAUUUUCACUCCAAACGUAAUAGUCUGUAGCACUCUAUGUAAAACUUUGUAGACCUCUGAAAAAUUAAGCACAAUAGCUCCGUUCAAAAAACCAAGUGAGCUGCCUACCUAGACAAUUUGAGGCAUCUAGGUGCGCUUUCAAUGUGAAGACUGUUUCAAAACACAAGGCAGCAACAGUAUGCUGAUAUGUCAUUUUUGCCCAAAUUCUAAGGCUGCUUCGAUGUAUCCUUUGUGCCUAAGGAAUUAUAAAUUCUACAAACUAUCAAAACAUUUUAAUCAAUUUAUCUCCAAUUAAUUCAAAUGUUACUAUUUCACCCAAUUUUGUUUUUUUGGAUGCAGUGAACAGCAUUUUGUGCUCAUUAAAGGAUCACGUUGUUGAGCAACAUGCCAAUGUCAUUCUCAACCUUGAGUGUUAGUGUAGUCUCGUGUGUGCUUCACAUAAGGAGCUCUUGUGGUAUGUGUUAGCAAUCGUCAACGGCAUUGCAGCCUAUGAAGAAAAUUUUAAAUCAUUCACUUCUAAGGUUUCAUGACAGUUAAGAUGCUGCCUUUAAAGGAAGCUACCUUUGUAGGCAGCAAGGCAGCUCUCUAGGUUUUGGAGCAGAGCUGUUGACACUACUUCAGCUGCUUUCCAAUAAAGGAUUCAUUAGUUUGACAUUUUUAACAAACAAUCUGUCUUGGAUUUACCCAAACCUUGAUCAUUCCCUGAGAUGUAUCAUUCCAUGGAAGUAAAAAGCAGUGUUAAAGGUGCACCCAGUUUUUUUGUUUAUGUGUACUGGCUUAUAUGGCAGGUGUCCUAUAGUCAUGUGGAUGUAUCAUUAUGCAAAAGCGAUCAUUUAGUUACCGAUGCCAUUGUAGAGAAGCGAGGGUGAAAGUGUCUGGUAAUUGGGGGGUUACCCAAAUAAAAUAAGGUUCUGAUAUGACUGGAUUCUUCAUUUCAAGUGAGUGUGCAUAAUUAAACAUAUUUUGCAUAUUUAAUUUUCUUUAAAACGCAACAUGAAGAAGAAGUACUGAGUGCACCUUUAAAGGACUACAGAACCUUCUGUACCAUGUGACAUAACCACACUGAAGUAUUGGAGACACUCAGUUCAGUCAGUGGAGGUGAGAAUGGGGAAAAUGGACUAUGAAAAUGACAUCACAAGCUUUAAAGGUGUAGUACCACAGACAUAGCCAGAAACCAAAAACCUCUGAAAUCCUGUAAUGUUUUGGAGUUUGCAGUAAUUGUGCACUAAACUCUAAACCAUGUAGUUUUGUUAAAAACCAUGAUUUCCAUUUGACAGCUGUGUUUUCUUUUUCAGAGUGCUGGAAUUGGUGUUAAAGGGGCAUUACAAGUGCACAUAAUGUUUCACUGGGUAAAUAGUUUUUUCUGCAUUUCAAAACUUUUUUUAGUGUGUUCUCAAUUUAUAAAAUACACUUACGGUCUAGAGACACAAUUAGAACAUUUAGAGUUCUGAGUUCACUUCAGUCAAACAAAAAGUGUAUGAAGGUAUGUUGCAAUAUUUUCAGUUGACUAUUGUGUUUGUUUUCAUGAUUUUGGGGUAUUGUAAACAAUUUGCAAAAUAAAUAUGUUUAUCUUAAGGCCAUAUUGUUUGCUUUAUUCAAUGGAUCUGAAACACUGUGUGUGUGUAUGUGUGAGCGUGUAUUUAUCACUUUGUGGGGACCAAAUGUCCCCAUAAGGAUAGUAAAACCCGAAAUUUUUGACCUUGUGGGGACAUUUUGUCGGUCCCCAUGAGGAAAACAGCUUAUAAAUCAUACUAAAUUAUGUUUUUUGAAAAUUUAAAAAUGCAGAAAG